CUCUCUAUACAUCCACCAUUUAUUUCUUUUCUUAACAAUUUUCUCUUCAGUAUAAAAGUCAACCAAGUUCCACAGCCUUCCUCCAAUUUCCAACCAUGGCCUCCAUUACUUACCUUCUCGCAUCUCUCCUAAUUCUCUCUUCCGUUUCUUCCAUUGUCGCUAACGAUCCCGAUAUGCUUCAGGACCUUUGCGUUGCUGAUCGGACUUCAGGAAUCGCCAUUAACGGCUUUGUUUGCAAGGCGACAGCCAACAUCACAGCAGACGAUUUCUUCUUCGACGGCCUGGCCAACCCGGCCACCAUUAAUAACUCGGUGGGUUCGGUCGUAACAGGCGCUAACGUUGAGAAAAUUCCAGGUCUCAACACAUUGGGCGUCUCGCUCUCCCGGAUCGACUACGAGGCCGGUGGUCUUAACCCACCGCACACGCACCCACGCGCCACCGAGAUGGUGUUCGUUCUGGAAGGUGAGUUGGAUGUAGGGUUUAUCACUACCGGCAACAAGCUAUUCAGCAAGACAAUUAAGAAAGGGGAGAUCUUUGUGUUCCCGAAAGGCCUGGUUCAUUUCCAGAAGAACAAUAAGAAAGAACCGGCCGCCGUCAUUUCAGCCUUCAAUAGCCAGUUGCCGGGAACUCAGUCCAUCGCGGCUACUCUGUUUGCGUCCACACCUGAUGUGCCUGAUAAUGUUCUCACCAAGGCUUUCCAGGUUGGGACGAAGGAGAUUGAGAAAAUCAAGUCCAGGCUUGCACCCAAGAAAAGUUAAAAAGCAUGUUGAGUAGUCCUCCAUUCUGUGUUCGAAUUUCUUCUUUCUCUUUUUUUUUUUUUUUUUUUUGUUGCACGAAUUUAUUAUGAACAGUUGGGAAUGCUGAUAUUAAUUUUUUUUUUUUUUUACACAAUGGGAAACUGCUGGAGUGGGUGGAACUGGAUAUCUGUAAUUAACAAUAUUAUUAUGUCAUUUUGAGUUACGAAUAA